GGCGUUUCUUUCCUCCCUUUUUUCCGAGUCGGUUUUGACGGUUAGAGUCGAGUAAUAAAAUGGCGGCCUGGAGCGUGUUAGGUACUGUUCUUCCAGCGGUGUCUGUCUGAGCGGUCGGUUCUCCCCCUCACCGAACAGAGAGCCGAGGCCCUGGGGGACAUGGUGUUGGGGACCCAGGGCUUGCUGACCACGAAGUACUUCGAGAAUCUACACACCGGAAGCGACCGGGCGCGCUCAGCCGGGCCACCAGCAGUCGCUUCCCACCGAGCGCUGCGGCCGCGACCUCGCACCUGCUUGCAGUCGCGCAACCGGGCCUUGCCGCAUCCACGACCCAACUAGUGCCGCUGCGGCCGCCGGGAAGGGGAGAAGCCGGCGGAUGUUGGCCACGACAUAGGAAAAGAAUCCAUGCAGGGACCUGGCCUCUAGAACAGUUGAAGUUCACUAAGGAAUUAUGUCAGAAAGGUUCAAAGAAAUGGCCAAAAGAACUGCCGAGAAGGAAUUAACAGAUAGAAAUUGGGAUCAAGAAGAUGAAGCAGAAGAGGUGGGAACAUUCUCCGUGGCCAGUGAGGAAAUCUUGAAGAAUAGAGCCAUAAAGAAAGCCAAGCGUAGGAAUGUUGGAUUUGAAUCUGAUAGUGGAGGGGCCUUUAAAGGUUUUAAAGGUCUGGCUGUACCUUCUGGAGGAAGAGGGUUUUCUGGAUUUGGUAAUGGCGCUGGAGGGAAGUCUUUGGAAGGCCUGUCGAAUGGGAACACUGUAAGGGCAGUGAUCGAGGCCAAGGCAGCCUUUGGAUCUUUUGCUGCAAAUGGCCCUAUAUCCUUGUUCGAUAAAAAGAUUUCAGAUCCCAAAACCAAUGGCGACAGUCAGCAGCCCUCUUGCUCUGGCCUUACCACAAGUGCAGCCCGCCACGUGAACGCCUAUCACAAGCAGUUGGCUGCCUUGAACUGUUCUGUCCGGGAUUGGAUAGUGAAGCACGUGAACAUGAACCCACUCUGCGACCUGACACCUAUCUUUAAGGACUAUGAGAAACACUUGGCAAGUAUUGAACAGCAGCAUGGGAGCGGUGGUGGCGGCAGUCAUUCUGAAAGUGAAACUCACAGAAUGUCCAUUGAAACACAGUCUCCUUCCCUAUUGGUUUCAACAAAAUUACAGCAAGCAUCAACGUUUCUGUUUCAUGGCACCAGAACUGAGGAUGUGUCUGAAAAGAGGGUGGAGGCUGCAUCUGAAAAGAAAACGGACCCAUCGCUUGGAGCAACAAGUGCCUCAUUUAACUUUGGCAAGAAAAUAGAUAGUUCUGUUUUGGGUUCAUUGAACUCUGGCUCCCUGUUUGGAUUUUCAUUUUCUUCUGGAAACUCCAGUUUAUUUGGCAAAGGUACUGCCCAGAGUAAACCUGUGUCUACACCAUCUCCCACUAAAGCACUGGAGAGCCAAGCAGAAGGAGGCAGUAAUGAAUGCAAAGGUGGAGAUGAAGAGAGUGAUGAGCCUCCCAAAGUUGUAGUUACCGAAGUAAAAGAAGAAGAUGCUUUUUACUCCAAAAAGUGUAAACUAUUUUACAAGAAAGAAAAAGAAUUUAAAGAGAAAGGUGUAGGUACUCUGCAUUUAAAACCUACAGCAAAUGAGAGGACACAACUUUUAGUGCGGGCAGACACCAAUUUAGGCAACAUAUUGCUGAAUAUUCAGGUUCCACCCAAUAUGCCAUGUACCCGAACAGGGAAAAACAACGUGCUUAUUGUCUGUGUUCCAAACCCACCCGUUGAUGAGAAGAACGCCAGCACGCCAGUUACUAUGUUAAUUCGUGUAAAAGCAAGUGAGGAUGCGGACGAGCUGUACAGAAUCUUACUGGAGAAAAGGGGUGCCUGAGCACACUUUGAGGAAUUGCUGUCAGGCUGCUGCUCCCCCACCACCCCUUAAACUAGGCAGUUUUUCUUCUCUAACUUUGACAUUCUGAGAACUUAAGAUAACUUAAAACUUUUGUGAGGAUGAUUAAUGUGGCCAAUAAAAAUUUUAAGUGUUAAGUGUUAAGAAACUGUAUUCUCCUUUCUUAAGAACUAUCUAAUGUGUGAAAUACAUUUGAAUGAAAUUUUUUGGAAGCUUUUUAAUAUUCAUUUAUUAAACUGACCAUAAGUGAUUUCUUAAUGGACUGAGAUCAGGGUACUAAUGAGAUUUCCCAAAGGCUUUUCCCAUCCAUAGUUCCGAGGUUUUCUGCGUUCCAACGGUGUGUGUCCGGAAGGAAGCUUACCUGUAGCGUUCUCUCUGGUGGACUGGGCCGAUUUGUGUGCUGCCAUGCUGGGGCAGAUGUUCUUUGCUGCAUUUUUUUAAGUGGUAUUUUAAAGCUGAGAUGUGAUCAAAUGUUCACCUUCAGCUUUAGAGUUGUUAGCUGUUUAUUUGCGAGUGUUGGCCUUUAACCUUGUAGACUGCUCUACUGUGAUUCAGGAACUGCUUUUUCCUUUUAAAAGGUAACAGGUAGCUUGUUCUUUGUUUUUUGUCGAUUUGGUUUUAUAGUUUUAUUCAUGAGGUGCUGUUACUUCUGUAUCCCCCCCCCGGAGACAAAUGGGCUAGAGGGGGAUUGCCAGAAACGAGGUUUAAAAGCACAAAUUUGGUAGUUUACAGUUUACAGACCAUGGACAGUAAACUCUUACAAAGAAAGUUAGGUCAGGGUUGAGCCGUGCUACGGAAGGAAGAGAACAUGCUCUCAGUGGCCUGCGCCCUGGUGAACUCUGGGCCUAAAAACUACUACUACUAAAAGUCAUAGGAGCUGUUACACACACGAGCCAUGUGAAUUAACCAGGAAUCAUGCAAUAAGGUAAUGGAAGAGAAAAUUAUGUGUAUAAAUGUUGCCUUUAACAUUAGACAGUAGUGUCUUCUACAUUUGAUACCUGAAAUUUCUGUUUACUUUUUUAAGAGUAAAAUAGUUUGUUUGGAUGGGAGCCAUGUCUGUACACGAGGAUAUCCAUGUCACUCCUCCGUAGCUGUUAGGUAACUGACAUUUUUUCCUUGAAGACUCUGGGCACGUGAACUAAAUGUAGAUUUUAAGGUUUCAGUGUCCACAUCAUCAUUCCUCAUGAAUCAUCUUCAGUGCUGGUAUCAGAUGAUCUUUAAAGGCUCAGGGUCCAUGCCUGAGGGCUCACACUUGCAUAUUGUGAUCUUUAGGACAUAAUGUCUUAGAAAAGAGUAGUCAAAAUGUAGAUAGUACAGUUGCUUUUUUUAAUAGAAGCUACAAUUUUUAGAUGUAAAGGGGGUGGGGAAACCAUUUUAUGAUCAAAUAUUUUAGGUUUCGGGUACUUCUGGUAAGAUAGUUGGGUCCAUGUUUCCCAUGGGACCCUCGUACUACUAUGCUGUCUGCUUCCAGUGGGCGAAUGUGGGUGCCGUGCAGAGGCGUGCUGACGCCAUAAUAGAUGUGGUUAAACUUAGCUGUACUGUAGAUCCAGGGAGGAAGUGGCCAUUGUGUCUGCAUUUACUUUUCAGAAUUGAGGCUAUUCGUGCAUUUGUUGUGGUUUAUAGUCAUCAGGUGGUUGCUGCUGUUCUAGUAGUGCAGACCUUGCACUCCUCGCUGUUGUCUUAUCCAGCUGUUAGAGGAAGAGGGAGCCCAGGGACAGACUUGAGUGCAGUGUGGUACGAUUUAGCCACACACGCCCAUGUUCCCAACAAGGUGGUGGGCGUCCCUGGGCACACAUCUUGUGAGUGGGCAUUGUGUUGUUAGCCUUUGCAUGUGGAGUGGAAUGUUCACCAGAAAAUGGCACGAGAAGAUCAUGAUUGGAUUACCUUUUAACACCUCCUGUAAAAAUAGUUUCUUUUUAAAUUAGUGGAUCUGUGGGGCUUUCUUUUUUCCUAACAUUCCCAGCAAAUUCUUGCUGCUAAGACUCACUGUUAGUGAAAAUUACAGGGGAAAAUGUGUGUACCACAACUCCAAAUGUGACAUUGUCUUAAAACUGCUCUUACGCUUUAGGAACUUGUUGGUCUCCACUUUAAUUAUGUAUUAGUAUAAAAAAGUCCAUUAUGUAUGAAUUGUACUGUAAAAUCUAAGUGCUUGUAUGUUAUUUGGGGGAGGGGGCCACCUUGCCCUCUGUAGGGCUUGCCUUUACUUUCCCACUGUAUG